AUGAAAGCUUUCAUCAUGAGCUGCGUUUUGGCAAUAGUGCUCUGCACUAUGACAAGUCACGCUCGAAGUGGCUCUAAGCGUUGCGCGAACGUUUGGGAUGAUGGAUGUAGCACCGGGCAGCUACCGGGAGCAGGUGAUGAUGAUGACUACCUCAAUGGGGGCUUCACCCCGGGCAAGCGCUGUGUCAAUCUGUGGGAUGAAGGGUGUGUUAAUGGCCAAUUGCAAGGAGCAGGGGGUGACGAUGAAUACGUGAACGGAGGGUUCAAUCCUGGUAAAAGAUCACUAGGAGAGGUUCUAGCCAAAUUGAUGGCGUUUGAAAGACAGCGUCAACAUUAA